AUGGCCUCCGGUCUCGAGCGCUGCCCGCUGCCGGACCGAGCUCGCUCUCGCAGGCGUGGCCACCGCCACUGGGUCAGGACAGCCAUCCACCUGGAGGGCGUAGAUGAUGAGGGAAGGGAGGUGGAAGAAGUGGGCGGCUACGUGGAGCAGUAUUUACUUGUUUUAAGCGGGUUUGUCAUUGUAACUGAAACCCGUUUUGGUUCUCACAGUCCAAUCUCACGACUUCACCUCUGUGAUUCUUCCUCCUCCAUUCCUUUCUCCUGUUCCUCCGUUCCCAUUCUAGAUUGGUUACAGACGGAGGCAAAGGCUUCUGUUGCGCUCGCCGGCGGGCCACCUAAGAGCCAGCCCCGCUGCUCACCAUUGGCGCAGGGGCCAUGGGGUUGGGGCGUUGCUCGUCGCCUCGCUUGGGGGUGGAGGUGGAAGGGGCGGCUCGUGGUCAACGCUUCACCGGUGACGUCAAGGAAGGUUGGUGGGUUGAUGAAAAACUUGCCAUCUGUUGCAGCACUGACAGCCAAGCGAGAUGGUGAGAUCAGGAAAGCUGCUCUAAAUACACUUGCAACUACCUACAAAAACCUCCGUACUGAAACAGAGUCUAUGCUCAUGGCAUGUGGUAUUCCAUUUGCUAAAGGUUUUCACUGAGGUAGAUGGUAGGGUGCUACAAGCCUCCAAGGUUACUUAUAACUGUUUCUUCCUUAUUUCUUCCCCCUUUGUUGUAAUAGAACUAUAGUAGCAUAAAUCUGUUGUAUUACU